AUGGGCAAAAACAUGCAAAGCAAAACAUAUGACCAGAGAGAAUGGGUCAAGCAGUUUCUAAAGAAUCCAGAGUUGGUGACUCCUCUGGCAGAUCAAAGGAUGAGGUUGUUGGAGACGAUCGACAGGAAGACUUUCAGAGAAGCAAAGAUGUACCGUGAAUGGAGGUACUUGAAAUUUCAUGCAGAGGGCAAAAACAUCUUUGGAAACCUCUACCGUUCUGCAAAAGACAUCAACAAGCGAAAACGCAUGGACGUUUGGAAAGCCUCUGUGUCUCAGCGAAUCAUUCUUGAGGAAAGUCCAGAGCUAUUGAAUGUCAUUAUUGCCAAAGAUUUCAUCCCGGAAGACACCGACGCGGAGGAAGUGGAGAAAGAAGAGAUUGAGCGGCCAGCAUCGAAUGAGACAAUUGCAAACUAUGGCGGCGAAAGUAAAAUAUUCUACCAGAAGACGCCUUUUGCUGAGGAAGAUCUUGUCGUCAGAGUUCAAGCGUUUGAUCGCGGGCUGUUUUCGAAGCCGUACGAAUUACGAGUUUAUAUUCAUUUUGCAAAAGAUUUUCCAACUGCCGUAAACGAUGAAUCAGACCCAGACAAGUGCAUCCCUCGCAAUCCUUACAUAGUCGAGCAUCUUGUCAACGUAGAAAUCUUCCACAGAAAAGACAACAAAAUGCUCGACUGUAUCGGCUGGGUCACCUUCAUGCCAAAAGCAGAAUGCGAUUUGUGGGACAUUCUCAAAGAAAAUCGACUGACCUGGGAGCCGCGGAAGAUCAUUUUGAAAAAGUUUACAUUUUAUAUCUCUGCUGCUAAUGACGAGUUCAUGAACAAUCUUCCAAGCCACGUGACAAUGAUCAAACUGCCAAUCUCCGAAGCUGCCAAUUUCGAAGCCCUGCGAAAACGAACCGAGAGCGUCUCUCUCCAAGCAAUCAAUCAUCAGCUCUUGAAAAAAGUCGACCCUUACCAAGAUUUCGGCGUCAGCGAUCAGAAAAGCGCAAAUCUCUGCAUGGCUCAAUCUGCUGCAAUGCUACUGAAACACGCUUUCGAGGAGAAAAUCGCGAAAGACGGCACUAGAAACAUGACGACAAGGGAAGUGAGAAUCGACCGCAUCAUUUUUUCACUGACAAUGGAUUUGAUACCGAUCGGAAUGAACGGCAUCGAUCCGAAUUUGACGAAAGAAGGCGAGAAUGUGCAACAAUUAGAAAUAAUGAGAGUACUCAAGCGUUUGACACACGAGAGCUUCUUCGAACCAGAGGGGUGGAAAAUGAUAGCAAAGAAGCUUUAUCUGAGCAAAAAGCACAAAGACCUUUUUGGAGAACCAAUCGACGAUCACAAACUCACCUACGAAAGAGUGUUGCUUCACGAAAACUUCAAAUUUACUCGUCCACUGAUUGUCACUGUUGCCCACUGGAUUCCGUCAAGAAACAAAGUCUUCUUCUUCCAAUCCGUUUUGGAGAAGAUAGAAGACGAGAACUAUGUUCUGGCGAAUAAUGCUUUUGUCAAAGGAUCCGAGGAGAUUCAUAUUCCGCUGAAAAGUCCUUACUAUAAUUGCGAUCGAAAAUCGAUGCGAAAAAUGAUUCAAAGACAGAAAUCGAGCUUAUACGAAGACAAUAACAUGAGAAUCCACUUUGUCAACGAAAAAGAAAAGCCUCAAGAUGGCAAGAUUGACGUCCCUGAAAUGGAACCUGAACGAUACUACCUCAUAUCCGCUGCAUUUUCACUUCAAUUCGUUUAA